GCUCUUGAGUUUGUUUGGGGCACCGAUCCAAACAUGUUCGCUGUACGUGAAUCGGCAACGUCAAUGAAGAUCAAAAAGAAUUUCAAGGAUUACAAACAAAUCCGCACUGAUGUUGUAAUGGAAGGCAUUGACGGUGGACCACUACUUGCCGCCAGAUCUGCCACUAGCUUAUGCUUCUAUGAUUGGGAGACUGCACAAAUGGUGCGACGAAUAGAAAUUGCCGCCAAACACGUGUACUGGAGUGACAGUGGAGAAAUGGUUGCCAUUUGCGGCGACGAUUCAUUCUACGUGCUGAAGUACAAUCCAGAUGCAUUUGCGAACGCCUCUCCUGAAGAAAUUACUGAAGAUGGCGUCGAGGAUACUUUUGAAGUUAUUGGAGAACAGUCGGAAGGCGUCAAAACUGCGUUCUGGAUAGGAGACUGCUUCGUGUUCACGACAGUUUUGAACAGACUCAACUAUUAUGUUGGUGGAGAAAUUGUAACAAUCGCACACAUGGACAGACCUCUCUAUUUGCUUGGAUACAUGGCCAAAGAAUCACGUGUUUAUGCAGUGGACAAAGAGUUGAACGUUGUCUCAUACAGAUUGUUGCUUUGUGUUUUGGAGUACCAGACCGCUGUCAUGAGAAGGGAUUUUGAGACUGCUGACAAGGUGCUGGCUACAAUUCCAAAAGAGCAACGUACCCGGGUAGCGCACUUUUUGGAGAAGCAAGGAUUCAAACGUCAAGCUCUUGCUGUUUCACAGGAUCCAGAUCACAAGUAA